AUGAUGCAUGAAGACGACAAGGCAAAGACCUCUUUCAUCAUCGAAAGAGGUACCUACUGCUACAAGGUCAUGCCCUUUGGGCUGAAGAACGUCGGGGCAACCUACCAAAGGCUGGUGAACAAAAUGUUCAAGGAGCAAAUCGGCAAGACUAUGGAGGUCUACGUAGACGACAUGCUAGUCAAAGCUCCCGAACAAGCAGACCACAUCGAGAAUCUUGCCGAGGCAUUUAGCCUACUCCGAAAAUACAACAUGAAGUUGAACCCGAGCAAAUGCACAUUUGGAGUCUCGUCCGGCCGAUUCCUUGGAUACUUAGUCACCCAAAGAGGAAUUGAGGCACAUCCAAAUCAAAUCAAGGCUAUACUCAACAUGAAGUCACUUGCCACAACAAAGGAGAUACAAAGUCUAACGGGUAGGGCGACAUCUCUCAACCGAUUCCUUUCAAGAUCUACCGACAAGUGCAAGCCAUUUUUCAAAGCCUUGAAGAAGGGACACAAAGACAAGUGGGAUGACGAGUGUGAAGUAGCUUUUCAAAACUUGAAAACUUACCUCACUUCACCUCCAUUACUCUCAAAACCGAUACCAGGCGAAGACUUGUACACCUACCUGGCGGUGUCCGACUCAGCUGUCAGCUCAGCUCUCAUCCGAGAAGAGCUGGGGGCACAACAUCUGGUAUUCUACACUUCAAAAGCUCUCCUCGAUGCAGAGACUUGCUAUCCGAAAAUGGAGAAGCUCAUUUUUUCACUUUUGGUUUCUGCGAGAAAACUAAGGCCCUACUAUCAAGCACACCGAAUUAUUGUCAUAACAGAAUUUCCGUUGAGAUCGAUCAUUCACAGCCCCGAAGCUUCUUAG